AUGGGGGCUGGGGCGGUCCCCGCCGCUCCACAGGCAGAAGCAACUCCCGCUUCAGCACAGGUCAGGGUGGUGAGUCCUCCAGGAGCUGAUACCCUGACGGCGCGCGCCGGCCGGGCCGGUCCCUCUCCGCCGGCGGGCGCGUGUACCGGAAGUGACGCACAGGCCCGGGACGCGGCUAGCCGGCCGCGGAGGGUCGACCCUGCGGAGCUGGACCGGGGAGGCUGGACUGGGUGGUCCGGGGCCCGCCGAGCCGGAUGUUGUCGUCUGAGCUGGUGUCCGGCUGCGCGACCCCGAGAGUCUGGAGUCUUCAAUGCCCUGAAGCGGCGCCAUAGGAAGCCUUGCAGGAACUUGGGUUGCUUUGUGCCCUGCAUCACGGUGGCUCCCCCCCACCCCCCGCCAAAGGCCGCCUUCUGCCCACAGCCUCUGCCAGAGAUGCAGGUAUUCGCUGAGUCCACCACGUUGUCCUCCCAGUUCUUAGACACAAGCCAGUUCAUGUCUCCAGUGCAAGUUUUCAUUCGCCCUGGUUUCGCGGAUCGCUGUCACAGGUUUUGUAAGACAUCUGAGGCGGAGACAAAGGAAAAAUUUACAAUUUCUCCAGAAUGCCUAUUGAUGUCCUGAGUUGUAUGUAGCAGUUUUCUGUGUAGAUGUGAAAAUAAAUGCA